AUGUAUGAUUCCCCGCAGGAUGAUAUGGUAUGGCACGAUGGAGGAUAUGCAGGCGUUGAUUGACGGGUGCCAUGAGAGAGGCAUGAAGAUUAUCUGCGAUUUGGUGAUCAACCACACUUCGUCGGAACAUGCCUGGUUCAAAGAGUCUAGCAAAGAGAGAAGAAACCCAAAUACGACAAAAGUGGGCAAAAGUGUCCUCCAAAGAACUGGCCCGCAUGUCUCUCUGGAUCAGCGUGGGAGUAUGAUGAACAUACAGGGGAGUACUACUUGAGGUUGUUUGCUUCGACACAACCUAAUUUGAACUGGGAGAAUAAAGAGACGAGACAGGCCGUAUAUGACACGGCUUUGAAGUUUUGGUUUGAGUGUGGCGUCGAUGGAUUUAGAAUCGAUACCGCCGGUAUGUACUCUAAAGAUCAAGCGUUUCUCGAUGCCCCCAUUGUAUUCCAGGAUCAAUAUUAUCAACCUAGUGCAAUAUACACCAACAACGGGCCCAGGACCCACGAGUUCCACAAGGAGAUGUUUGAUCAAGUCACUUCCAAAUACGAUGUUAUGACCGUUGGUGAAGUCGGGUACUGCAGCAAAGAGGAGGCGUUGAAAUACGUGGGUGCUUCAGAGAAUGAAAUGAACAUGAUCUUUUUAUUUGAUGUGAUUGAGGUUGGUUGUGAAGAUGGCGACAAAUUCAGAUACAAAGGUUUCAACUUGAAAGACCUCAAACAAGCAGUGCAAAACGAAUGCCUGUUUAUUGAAGGUACUGACGCCUGGUUCACCGUGUUUAUUGAGAAUCAUGACCAAGCAAGGACCAUCUCACGAUUUGGAGAUAAAAAGCAUCAAGUUAAAAACGGUAAAUUGUUGAGUAUCAUGCAGACAACACUCACUGGUACCAAGGUCAAGAAAUUGGAAUGA